UUGACACGUCUCCCAGCGUCGUAGAGUGUAGUAGUUCCGCGAUGAGUACUGUGCCGGCCUUGAAUUUCCUCGGUAACAUCCGGGACAAAAAGGUAAUUGUGGAGUGCGGUGGCCAUGUUUACUCUGUGCCCGUGGAAGACAUGAAGGAUCUGCCGCUUUCGGAUUAUCCCUCGCGUUCAUACUACGCACUGGAGGCUGACUUCAACCAGCCCGGAACCGGACAGAAGGAUGACGGCCGGAAGAAGGAAGAGAAAUUCGGUUCGAGGGUGGAAUUGAAGCGUACCGUAUCCGAUACGAGCUACACGGAGGCGAGUGUCUCGGAUGGUGGUGUCGGUGAUGGCGAUGGCGCUGGCAGAGACUGUCCGUAUGCUCGUCUCUCCCGUGAACCGGUACCGUGCACCGCUUCGAGUGUCCUGUCCGAGCUGAAGAACGAUGUCACGCGUUUGAUCGAUGAAUCGAUUCAGAAAAUUGAGCAAACUUGGGCCCGCGAAACGGUGGAAACGCGCGAUGUAGCGGAGCAGGCGACGCCUCAGGAGAUGCCGAUUGAACCGGAGACGCUUGCGGAUGUUGGAUCGAUCCUGCUGCCGGACGACGGUGACCACGGUGAUGAGGCGAGCAAGGGCUAUCGGGAGCAAAAUCUUUUAGUUCUCAAAUCGAAAUCGUUCAAGGAGUGCACCAGUAGAACGCGCCUGAAGCUGCUACAGGAGAUUCAAACCUUGGUCAAGCGGUUGAAGGAUAUGGAGAAGCUGGAAUGAAGAAGGGGGUUGUAAGGGGCUGCAUCCGCAUUCGUGGGGUGGUU